AUGCAACAAGAACAACAGCCAUCUCACCCUGGUCUUUUUAAAGUUUUGCGCCAAGGUGAUCCCACUUCUUUUAGCAGUAAACUUGUGGCUGAACGUGAUUUCAACAAAGGCGAAACGAUCGCAGACUUGACAGGAUUGACGCCUGGCCCUAAAAGAUACUCUUCAGUCCAAAUUUCACCUACUGAGCAUGUCGAGUUGAACAGCGAUCUACUCUACUUGAACCAUUCAUGCGAUCCCUCUACCUAUUUGGAUAUCACAAAGAGAGCUAUUGUAGCCUUGAAGAGUAUCAAGCAAGGAGAGGAGCUCACAUUCUUCUAUCCUUCUACAGAAUGGGAUAUGGCUCAAGCUUUUGAUUGCUGGUGUGGUGCUGAUAAGUGUGUUGGCAAGGUCAAUGGAGCAAGACAUACGCCUACAAAGGUUCUCAACCAAUUCACCCUGAGCGAACACAUUAUCCAGCUUGUAAAGGAACGAGAUUCAAAUCAAUAA